GCCAUGGCUGAGCCUUCGUCUGAGAUGUCCUCCGACGCCUGGUCCGUCACCAAGGAGCCUGAAGAGGCUGAAUCGACGACGACCCAGAAGAAGCAGCAGCCAAGGCGUCGGGCCCGCCGCUCCGGCCGGGGCGCGGACAGCUUCGCCACCUACUUCCCCAGGGUCCUGAAGAACGUCCACGACGGCCUCAGCCUGUCCCAGGAGGCCGUGAGCGUGAUGGACUCGUUCGUCCACGACAUCUUCGAGCGCAUCGCUGAGGAGGCCGGCCGGCUGGCGCGCUACACCAAGCGCGCGACCAUCACGUCCAGAGAGAUCCAGACGGCCGCGCGCCUCAUUCUGCCCGGGGAAAUCGGCAAGCACGCCGUGUCCGAGGGCACCAAGGCCUUGGCCAGAUACAGUCGCCGCAAGUGAGCCGCCUCAGGAUCGCCUGAGCACCGAACCCAAAGGCUCUUUUAAGAGCCACCUCACUUGUCCCGAAAGGGCUGUAGCACGCCACCAGGGGGCUCGGUGGA